CGGAAAUGAUUCAAGAUGGCGGUCCCAGGCCCAAUCUUUCACCCGAACUAUGAGACAGACUCGUGCAUGAUGAUGAAAGCUCCUUACAAGAAGAAGACUGAAGAGCAGAAUGGUACCUAUCAUGCUGGCUAUGCCUACACUGCAACUGGUGGUGAACAGAGACACAAGACAGGCAUCACCAGAGAGAAAAGAUGGAUACUGCUGGCUAUCAUCAUAUUCAUGAUAUUCAUGGCUGUUUCUAACCUCAUGUUGUCUGCAGCCAUCAUCUAUGUCCUGAGAUUUGAUUUUGAAGGCAUGCCAGCAAUUGAGAUGGUCUCACCAAGUAUUUUGACCAGAUUUGUUCAGGAUGUCGAGUUGGUGGGUGUUGCCCCAUACUCUGGUGUCAUAGAUGGUCUGCCAGAUGAGUAUUUGCUUCUUACUGGAACUGAGUCGGAGGUUAAACUGGAAGUUGAAGACAUCUGUACCCACACCCCACCAAGUGCAACUGGAAAGGAUACAAUAUCUGUGUCUGCGCAGGCUGAUGCAAUCAGGAUGGUAGCAGAUGAAGGAUUCCAUGUGAUAAGUCCUGAAGGUCAACCUGUCUUCACUACUGAUCACCAGAUACUGGACAUGCCUUGGGUACAGAAUGUGAGCCAUCUCGAGUUAACAGAGUUAAUUACGUCAAAGAUUUAUAGUCCUAAAAGCAGUAGUUUACACCUGGAGUCUGAAGGUGAGGCAACCAUACAAGGUAUGCUGGGAUUGACUGUUCAUGGUAAUCAAGUGGUGAUCGUGGCCAAGGAGGGAGUCGAUUUCCGCUCACGGGGGACGGGAGUGAAGCUAUCAGCACCUCAAGGAGUCUACUUCGAAAAAGUGAAACAUUUCCGUCGAAGCAGUGGAAAGAAAGCACGACGUCAGAAUCCUACAUUUGGCGGCAACAGUCUGUGUGUCUGUGGGAACAAUGGUCGGGUUUUCAUGGUACCGGACAAAGGGCGAGGACUGGGGUGUGCCAAUGCAAAUGAGCAUAUUAACCCUUGUGAAUAAACUGACAGUAUUUCCUAAAAAUGGCCAACUUGCCUUGUGAAUAGAACUUUUAAGUGCAUUUACUGUUGUUGGACUUUUACCUUGUGCAUGCAAAUGAAUGGCGUCGUACUUGGAGGAGCCAGUAUCAUGCAUCAUGCACUUGUCAUGUUCCACUGGACUGCAAAUACCUUUGCGAAAUUGCUGUGACAUAAUCAUUUUCUUGACGUAUAUGGUGCUCUCAGUAUCAGGUAUACGAGAACAAUCCCUUAAUAGUUGUGACAUAAGAUGGUGGCACCCAACAGCACCAUCAGGUCAUUACAUGAGGGAGUGCGUAUAUCCUACCUGUUAUGUUGUUUUUUUAUUAUAAUGUUUUGACAUUUUUGUUGUUUUUUAGUUAAUUAGUAUUAGAUAGAUAAGCUUCAUUGUGUAAUCUUGUCAAGUUUGGACAAAGUGUUCUUUUGUCUGUAUUUUCCUUUCACACAUGUAUCGCUAUCAGCAUGUUAUUAAAUGAAAGUUGAACUGA